AUGUCCAGCAAGCACAGUAGUAACGUUCGGGUCAGCUUGGGCUGUGUAGGCAGUCCGUCCUUUGACCCGGCCAAAUCGCUACAUGACCAAGAGACGCACGCCCGCGCAGUCUGUCUCUUGGAGGACGACAACCGGUUUGACGAGGCGAUUCGGACCUGGUUUCGGAUUCCCGAGGGAAAGGACGGGGAUGGGGAUGGCUAUGUAUAUCGUGCCGUGGCCGAGGUCACGCUGGGGUUUGUACAAAAAGUCAUCGAGAACGACAUGAACACGCGCAGGACCGAGUUGUUGGCUGAGGGAGAGGGCGGGUGUACGUCGAGGUGGUACAAAGCGCCGGAGGGAGAGCACACCCCAUCGCCCACGGCCCCCGACGUAACAUCCUACAUCAACAUCUUCCUCCCCACAACCAACACCUCCUCGGCCCUCAAGACUUUCCAGGCCAACGCCCGCAAAUCCUCGGUCCGCCAGCACGUCGCCACGCACCUAGUCGCGAAACGCUUCUUUUUACCAUCACAUCCCCUCACCAAAGACCUAUCAAACAUCCCACGGUGCAAGCAAUCGCCGGUGUUGAACCCGGCUCUGGAUUUUUGGGCAUGGUCGUGUCAGCUACUGGGGUGGUGCGGACCGCUGGGCGAAGAAGAGGACCAGUCGACACUGCCCGGAGCGGAUGACCGUGACAAACGGGAUGAAGCAAUCGAUUUGAGCCCGGGUCAGGCGACAAGAAGGUGGCAGAUGUGGAAAGGCAGCCACCCCAUUCUGCCCGUGAUGAUGCACCAUUUCGGCUGCGCAGUGCCCUCACACGAGGGGUUGAUGAUUGUCAAGAUUCUGGCAGAAGGCGGUAGCGGUGGCGGUGCGGGUGGUGGGAAGAACAAGACGAAAGGGGAGGAAGCGGCUAAGACGCAGAGGCCCAACAAGAACAAGAAACGGAAAGUGGUAGACAUGGGCAGCGGGAACGGCUACUGGACCAUGAUGCUGCGCGGGUACGGGGUGGAGGUGGACGCCGUGGAUAACGGCAUGAGUAAAUGGCGAACCACCUGGAUCCCCGAUACGCUCAUCCAAACAGGCACCGGCUACCUCGCCAGCCACCCCGAUCACGAUAGCCUUAUCCUGCUGCUGGUCUACCCCGUCGUGGGCGGCAAUUUGACGGGCACUGCCGAGGGCUCCUUCACGCGUGACCUGGUCGCGGCCUACAAGGGAGACACGCUGGUCGUGGUGGGCACCCAAAACCACAACGGGUAUACCGGCUUUCCAGACAUGACUAUGGACGAGUUCAUGGAGCGGGAGCAUAGUGGCGAAUGGGUCAGGACAGUCCAAGUUGCGAUGCCGAGCUUUGCGGGCAAGGAUGAAGCCUUGUUUGUUUUCCAACGAGUUCCGGCUCUUGGGGAUGAUGGGUCUUUGAGAUAA